AUGGAUACCCAGUCUCCAGAGUCGCAGGCUACUUUACUCUCUACUUUUAGGAUCUCUAUCUAUCUAUCUAUCUAUCUAUCUAUCUAUCUAUCUAUCUAUCUAUCUAUUUUUUCAAGACGAAAACAAAUACUUUUCUCGCAGAAAAUUUUCUCCCGUCUCUCCUGUAGCACCGCGGGUCCCCACGCACGUGACGGCACGCAGGCGACGACGGCGUGCCGACCGAUCGCGGCCUCUUCCGUCUCUCUCUUCCUCAUAACGUUACCUGUGAUGCCUACGCAAAGUUUUACCCUGCUCCCCGGGCAGACAAAAGAAGUUGGCUCCUUUCCUUUCAAAACGAAGAAUUCCAUCUUGUUUAGUAGAAGUCAGAGAAAAUGGAUUUCUAAUAAGGGGUUUCUUCAGUCACACUUUUCUCAUCUCCUUCUCCUCCUUUUUCCUCUCUGUCUCCACUCUCUCUUUCUCUCUCUCUCUCUCUCUCUAUCUAUCUAUCUAUCUAUCUAUCUAUCUAUCUAUAUCUAUAUAUAUAUAUAUAUAAACGGAGCACCUCCCCAUGCUCCCUCUCAAUCAUCUCCACCAAUCACAACGAAUACUUCCACUAUCUCACCUUACAAUUACCUGAGCCCAGUUUUUUUUUACAUGAUUUCAAUGUUCUUUCUUUCUUUCUUUCUUUCUUUCUUUCUUUCUUUCUUUCUUUCUUUCUUUCUUUCUUAUUUCCUUUAUUUUAAUUUUCUUCUCAUUUUAAUCUAUUCUCUUUUUCCUUCAUAUUUAUUGCUUUAUAUUUUUCGUCACAUUUAUUUUCCCUAUCUCUCUCUCUUACUCUCUCUCUCUCUCUAUCUAUCUAUCUAUCUAUCUAUCUAUCUAUCUAUCUAUCUAUCUAUCUAUCGUCAAUACAUUCUCGUAGUGUGA